AUGACCAACCACUGACUGCAGGAGGCGUGACACACACAGAUAAAACCACCAAAGUCUGGUCUGGAGCGCACUUCUCACAGCUGCGGUCACUUUAGUGCCAGGGGAUCAAAUAUGCAUGGAUUAUAACUCAAGAAUUCCGAGGCGAUAACUUUUAAGAUUACUGCGCCUUUAAAAACAGCGAUACUUUGCUUUACCGUAUUGCUGUUUUAAUAUUUCGCUCCACUAAUUAGCCCAUAUGGCUCGUUUUCCAAGCAUGGACGACAAGUGCUCUGUUUUAUAUUUAUCGCGUCUGCACCUGGACGACUUGAGCUUGGAUCAUCUCACGGACAGCAAACGACGACAAAUCCAGCAGCUGCACCUCGCUUACAAUCGUUUGUCGUGUCUUCCACCUUCCGUCUGUUUUCUGUCCAACCUGGAACAUCUGGAUAUCAGCAACAACGCGCUCGCGGUCAUACCACAAGACGUUAUGCGCCUAACGAACCUCACGACUUUUGUAGCAAAGAACAAUCUUCUGAACGAGUCCUCGUUCCCUAAAGAGUUCGAACGCAUGCGGGUCGAGACUCUGAAUCUGAGUGGGAACAGGUUUGAGGACAUUCCCGUGCAGUUUAUCAAAAUGACCACACUACAGUCCCUGUCACUUGGAGGAAACAGAUUGAAGAAUAUCCCUGCAGAAAUAGAGAACCUGACCAGGUUAGAGAUGCUGUAUUUAGGAGGAAACCUCAUCUCCUCCAUCCCACCUGAGGUGGCUAACCUCACCAGUCUGAGAUACCUGGUUCUGUGUGACAAUCGCAUCCAAAGCAUACCGCCCCAACUCAACAAGUUACACUCCCUUCUCUCUCUCAGUCUCCACAACAACCUGCUGACCUUCCUCCCUCGUGAGAUCCUGAGCCUCGUCCAUUUGCAGGAACUCAGUCUGCGCGGAAACCCUCUCGUCGUGCGCUUCAUCAAGGACAUGACCUAUGACCCCCCAUCUCUGAUGGAGCUGUCAGGACGCACCAUCAAGUCCCAGAACCUCCCUUUCAGCUCUUGUGACCUACCGUCCAAUCUGAUCCAUUAUUUAAACCUGGCUAGCGAAUGUCCCAACCCAAAGUGUGCAGGUGUUUACUUUGACUCAUGUGUGAGGCACAUCAAGUUUGUGGAUUUCUGCGGGAAGUACCGCCUGCCGCUCAUGCAUUACCUCUGUUCGCCGCAGUGUUCCUCUCCCUGCAGCUCAAACCCGCAGAGCGACGCAGAGUCAGAGGAGGAGAACAGCAUCCCUGCAGACAGGCUCCAGCGGGUACUGCUGGGAUAGGAAACCUCUAACAGAGACAGUUCCCUGCCACAGGAUUUCCAUUUUAAUGCUUCAUUGCAUGUUUUCGUAGGCCUAUAAAAUAUUAAAAACACUUAGACCCAAAAGAGUUGGGUCUUAAAACUAUUUUAGUAACUAUUUGGGUUUUAAUACAGGUUUAAACUGUAAAUCGAACUUAAAAGAAAAAUUCACACACACACACACACACACACACACAAAGAAAGAAUAUUCUGUAUUUUCUCACUCUUGUGUCACGGGUAAGGAGACUUUAAAAGACUUUUGAUACUGUAUGUUGUCACAUGGAUUACUUAUAUAACUGUUUUGUGGUUUUUGGCUUGAAAUUUCGCGAAAGUGAGUAAAUAACACAAACUGAACUGACUACUAAUGUUGCUCAUAAGACAUCUGAAAACAGUUUGCGUUUUGCCUAAGACGGUAUUCUGAGUAGGUUAGCUCGACGCAGACCAAUCCUGCAUGCAACCAGAAAGCAAACUGACCGCUUUGCACUUCUGGAAAAUGUGAUCAAUACGUGAACAGUUACUCUUUGACCUCUUCUUUGUAUUGACUGUCAUUCUGCUCUAACUUUUCUGUCCAAAGGUCAGGUUAUGGACUAUUGUGGCUACGUAACACAGUUUUGAAAAUGUAUAGAAGGUUAUUGUUCAUGAUACAACCUUGAAAGUAGUUACAUGCAAAGGGCUUUUUAAAAAAAACAAAACGUUAUUUUCAGGUGGUGGCUACACCGAACAGAUCAGUAUUAAAUGGUUACCAUCUCUAAAAGAGCUCAUAAUGACCUUAAUAGUAAUAAAAAAGAUAUACCCCUCGAUGAUAACUUA